GCUUCCUGAAACUGUAGUCGAAAUAAUUGGCGCGCAGCUUUAAUAAAUUCGAAAAAAGGCGGAGCCCCGCCCCGCCCACCCAUUUGUCUCUCGGCCCUGCUUCGGUUCUGUUUCUGUUUUAGGUUUUGGGUCCCUGGAUUCGAUCUAUAGUCGAUCCCCUUCUAAGCUUAAAGGUAACAAUGGGAGGAGGGGCUCAGGAACUUGGAGAGUUUAAUUCGUGAGGAAAUAUUGUCCCUGAUAUGAGUCCGAAACGCAUGGCGUUCAAACAAAAGAAGCGAGUGAAGAAUGCAUGCAACAAGUACUUGAAACCUAGAGUACUUGCCCAGCUCGGUGAUGGCAGGACCACAACCAGAUCUUGCGCAGAUAUAGGCAAGAAAUGGGUUGUCUUGGACUCAGAGAAGGCAAAACUAGAUACAUUGCAUCACAAAGAGGUCACUCUUCCCAGCGAUACACCUGUUGCAUCUCCAAUUAGGUUCAAUUCCCAGAAAAUGGUGGAUGGGAAUAAGCAGCAGAAAUUGCCUGGAUCACCUAAAACACCAGAAGGGGUAGACUACGAUAAUGAAUCGAGGCUCGAAUCUCUUCCUAUGGACCUACUGGUUCAAAUCAUAUGCCACUUGCAUCAUGAUCAUUUAAAAGCUGUUUUCCAUGUUUCUCAGCGAAUACGGGCAGCUGUCCUUCAGGCCAGGCAACUUCAUUUCAAUUACACGACUCCAGACAGGUCUAGACAAGAAAUGCUCAGUGCAAUGACACCUCUUCCAACAGAGCAUUGGCCUUUUGUAAGCAAGGGAGAUGGGAAUGCUAUCCAGGGAUCGACUCCACACACUCCAAAAGCUCCAAGGCAUGGGCCUCGUCCUCCUCGUCUUCGCAUGAUGGACAUGAAACAGAUUGCAGCUGUUCUUUUUCAGGAGUCUGUGUUACCUUCAAGGCGCAUGGUGCCACCAGGUUUGCCGAGGCCUGCAUUCAAGCCUGUGGCUUCUAGUAGAGUUCUAUUUUGCGAGGACGAGCUAUGCCAAGCAGUAGCACAGAAUAAGCUUCGUUGAAAAGUCUAGCAACUCUCUUGGCCAUCUCUUCUUCUUAUAUAGGUGUCUUUUUCUCCUUUCAUAAUGUUCAUAGCGGUAGCGUAUGCAGGUUUCUAUCUUGCAAAUGCUGGAUUAGGUCUUAGUGAAAGUUCCUACUUAGAAGGGGCUGGGACAUGGAAAUUAUCAGCUUAUAACGUGCUUGGUCAUAAAUCUUUAAAGUUUUAGGCAAGCUCUUUGUAUAGUUCUAUAUGCAUAUAGAUUUUUCCUCCUUGGGUAUUUUUCCUAAA